AUGCCAUUGAUACUCAUCUCCGGGUAUCCUUGUUCGGGGAAGACACACCGCGCAACCCAACUCCUCGAAGCCAUACAAACCCGAGUAAAGCAAGCUCCGACCUCUUCGUUCGUCGCGAAUCUCAAGGUACAUCUAGUCAAUGAUGAAACCCUCGGACUCUCCCAUGACAUAUACGGCAACACCCGCGCCGAGAAGGAUGGACGAGCCGCAGAGAUGAGCGCCAUCAAACGCCUGCUGAGCAAAGACGCCAUCGUUAUUGCCGAUGGAUUGAAUUAUAUCAAGGGAUACCGAUACCAGCUCUUCUGCGAGGCCAAGGCUGUAGGGACAACCAGCUGUGUUGUCCACGUAGGCGUGCCCGCUGAUGAGUGUCGAGCUGCCAAUGCUCGUCGCAUUGAAGAUCCUAAUGCGACCAAUGAGUAUGCGGAGGAGAUCCUCGAAAACUUGAUAUUCCGGUAUGAAGAACCGAACGGCAUGACGAGAUGGGAUAGUCCCCUUUUCAUCGUGAUCAAGGAGGACGCGGAGCCGCCCGUCGAUGCGAUCUGGGACGCAUUGAUCGGAGGCGAAGGCAAACCGAAGACGGUCAAACCGCACAUGGCGACGGUGAUGAGCCCGACCACCCCGCAAGAUGCGCUCCAAGCCCUCCAUUCCCAAACCACCGCCGUCAUCUCCGCCAUCCAAACCUUCCAAGGCAACGCCCCCGACUCCUCGGGUGCGGUGGUCACUAUACCCGGGGUGGAGACUCCCGUUCAGUUGCCCAUGAAGGCGGUCGGUCCGGCACAACUGCAAAGGUUCCGGCGGCAGUAUGUGCAGAUGAGGAGACAAGGGGGACUGGUGAUGGGCGGAGGCGAGAAAAGUAAUCAGGUCGGGCAGGUGGGGGGGCCAGAGGCGGCGGAAGGAGGAUAUAAAUCUGGCUUCGUCGAGUACCUGAACGCGGAAUUUGAGAGGCCAUGA